AUGAUCAAAUAUGUGGUCAAGCACAACAUCUGCGACUUCCUGUACAAUGUUGACACAGCCAAGGCCCCAUCUGAUUGGAAAUAUCUCGCUCUCAGAUAUGACCCGGUGGGACCUGUACACUACCACUCUGGUGCUCCGGGCCUAUCUCUCUCUUUUCAGCUCCAUCUCCAAGGUGACCCCAGUGCAAUGAACGACCGCUUGAGGAAGUUGGACCAGCUCACAAAUACCGCCCGGCUAGCUGUGCAGAAGAUCACGGAGGUGGUCUUCUCUGGCAUGGACACUUAUGUCAAUCCGGUUGCUGCUGCUGAGAAUUUCAACCCGAACGAUAUGUGGUCGUUGAAAAGAUGGGGUUGGAAGAAAUAG